AUGAGAAGACUGGGUGAAGGCAUUGAAGAGUAUCCAAAAUAUGUAAUGUAUUACAAAGGAGAAAAGGCUGGCCAUAGAGGUGUAGGAUUUCUUGUAAAGGCAUCUCUAAAGAAUAAUAUCCAGGAAUUUGUAGGCUUAAACGACAGAAUAGCUGUACUCAACAUACUCCUCCCAGGCUACCCAGAACAAUGGACACUAAUACAAAUCUAUGCACCAACAGAACAAGCCGAUGAAACAGAGACGGAGCUCUUCUAUAACACUCUAGCGGACCACAUAAGAAACAAUCAAAAUAAAAACACUAUAGUCAUGGGCGAUUUCAACGCCCAAAUCGGUACUAGACAAGCCUACGAAGAUUUUAUAAUUGGAAAAUAUGGCCAUGGCAAAAGAAGCGUGAAUGGGCAACGACUGGCAGAAUUUUUAAUGGAGAACAACUUAUACCUAAUGAACUCUAAGUUUAAGAAGAAAACAAAAUGCAAAUGGACAUGGGUCUCCCCUGAUGGAAAAACUAGAAAUGAAAUUGAUUACAUCCUAUCGAAUAAUCCCAAAACCUUUGUCGACGUAGACAUUAUUCAAAAUCUUAACUUUAAUACUAACCACAGAAUGGUUCGUGGAACUCUACUUCCAAAAGACAUUAAAAAAUCAAGAAAACAUAUACACAAAACUACAGAAAAAGAUUUUAAACACGAAAAUAUUCAAGAAAUAAAAACUAAAAUUAACUCCUUAGCAAAUAAUGAAACCUACAAAACCCUACACAUUACAGAACAAUAUAACAGCCUAGAAUUACAACUGACCAGCAGUGUUAGCAACAUACAACAAAAUGGAAAAAAUAAAUCAAAAAAACUCAGUGACAAAACGCUAAAACUACUUGCAGAAAGAAAAGAAAUGAUACAAGAAGACAAGAAAGGAAAUUUAAAAAAAAUUAAUAAACUAAGCAAACAAAUACGAGAGCAUAUAAGGAAUGACCAAAGAUCUAAGAGACUAAGAACGUUGGAAAAUUACAUAGAAAAAUCUGGUGGCACAAGAAAGGCUCUGAAAGUACUACGAAGAAAAGGAAUGAAAGGGCUACGAGAGAAAAAUGACUGGAUUCCAAAAUUGAAGAAAGCAGAAAAGAGUUUUACUCAAAGGAAGGACAUUCUAGAGACAACAACAGACUUUUAUAAGACACUUUAUUCCGAUCAAAGUAAACAAAUAAACUAUGAGACAAAUGCAAACAACAAAAACAAAGUGAUAAACCCUUCAGAAUAUAGCACACAAGACAAAGAACCUGAUAUUCUACAGUGCGAAGUGGAAAAAGCAAUAAAAAGUCAAAAACUGGAUAAAGCUCCUGGACCAGACAUGAUAUACAAUGAACUACUAAAAGGUACCAUAGAAGAGAUAAGCCCACUAUUAACAGAUAUCUUCAACAAAAUAGUUAACACAGGCAUCAUCCCACAACAAUGGAACAUAUCGCAUAUAAUAUUGAUCCAUAAAAAAGGCUCUAAAGAGGAUGUCAAUAACUACAGACCCAUCAGCCUUAUGUCUAAUAUCUAUAAAAUAUUUUCAAAGGUACUUCUCAACAGGAUAUGUAAAAAGAUUGAUGAAAAUCAGCCAGAAGAACAAGCAGGCUUUAGAACCAAUUACUCCACUUUAGAUCAUAUUCAUACCGUAAAACAAAUAAUGGAAAAAUACAGAGAAUACAAUCUACCACUAUACACCGCCUUCAUAGACUACAAUAAAGCCUUUGAUAGCCUUAAUCACAACUAUAUGUGGAAAUGCCUACAACAAAUGGGAAUAAAUAAUAUGUAUUUGAAUAUAUUAAAGGAAAUAUACAACCACAGCAAAGCAAGAAUCAAACUAGAGAAACUAGGAAGCAUCUUUCAAAUCAGCAAAGGUGUUAGACAGGGUGAUCCUAUCUCCCCGAAAAUAUUCCUAGUUGCUUUGGAAGGCAUUUUCCGAAAUAUCAGCUGGGAUCAAGUCGGUAUAAAUAUUAAUGGAAGAUUACUUAGCCACCUUCGCUUUGCGGAUGAUCUGAUUCUUUUUGAAGAAAACCCAAAAAAAACCGCAGGUUAUGAUUGA